AUGGCGAACGUAGUCACCCACCCGUACCUCCAGGUGGAUUUCCACCGUGGCCUGGUCAACCACUCCCCAUCUCCUUUGGGGUUCGGCUUUGGCCUCUCAACGAACAUGCCUGGGUGGUCCACCACGCCGAUCAGCGCUUCGCCAUCACCGUGGUCUUUCCCCGCCAUUCAAUCUAUACAGCCCCGCACAGCCAAGAGGCGUCAUGAACCAGAAGAAGAAUCCGAGAAUAAACACUUGGACGAUGCUAUGGACAGGAGUCCGACUCCGGAGCGCCCAAAGCGCGCCGCACCGAAACGGGCCCGCACUACGGCUGCGGCGGCCACAACCGGGCGGGAAGAUAAGUUAAGUAAAGAGAACAAGCCUCCAUCUGCGACUGAUGAGGACGACGUCGAUGUGGGAGUUCUGCUCGCGAGUUUACCCUCAGAUUCGCUUUUGCCUCUGUUGACAUCGCUCCUGUCGUCGCAACCGUCGCUGAAGUCUACGGUGUUGUCACUUAUUCCUCGGCCAACCAUUGAUACCGCAGUGCAAGCGUUAGCAAACUCCGCCAAGAAGCUACGCGACGCAUACCCUUACUCCAGUACACCAUUUUCAACUCCGUCGACUUCGUAUGGGUUCAGCAGUGGUGCAUUUGCAAACAGUCGACAUCCGCACGCGUCGUCCACUGGUUUUGGGUUUGGGCGGGGUCCUCCAGCGCCAGUUUUCAGUCCCCAUGCCGGCCACCACAGUGGAGGAAUGCGCGACGAGUACAUCCUCUCCCGCCUGAGACCACACAUCACAGAAUUCGUGUCUGCCUGCCUUGCGUACCUUCCCUACUUCUCAUACGUCGCGGUCCAGGUACCUUUCCUAUCGUCAUCUAAGCCGCAUCAUACCCACGCAUCGGCCCUUCAGUCUCAGCACAGAGACAAAUCACACCCAUCAGAGACGUUCCUUUAUCUAUCCACCCUCACUAGCCAAUUCUUGUCGCAGCCGCCGCUCACGCAGUCUGCCCUCGUUCCUUUAAUCUUCCCUCGACUGACGGAAGAGUGGACAGCAUGGGUUGACCGUGUGGACCAGGUUGUCAACCGGGAGGGAGGAAUGUUCGGUGAGGAGACGGUGCGCAGCUGGGAGAGGGCUCUGGACGAGUUUGCGGAGGCGAAGGGUAAUGGGAUCGAGAGCAUGAGGGACAUCCGGGAUCAGUGGGUUCAGAAGGUCGGGUGGUUGGUGGGGAGACAGCCCAUGGAGGAGGAGUUAUAA